AUGAAAAUCAAAGCGCUCUCUCGUCCGACGGCGUCACAACAGGCGCCUGGGUCUUCCACCGUGCGCCAGGCCCGCAAUCUCGACCCUUCUCAGCAUCCAUUCGAACGGGCGCGUGAAUACACUCGUGCCCUUAAUGCUGUCAAGAUGGAACGCAUGUUUGCUGCUCCCUUUUUGGGUCAAAUGGGAGAUGGUCACGUGGAUGGUGUCUAUACAAUGGCAAAGGACCCUGGUUCGCUCGAAAGAUUUGCCAGUGGUAGCGGUGAUGGUGUGGUGAAGGUGUGGGAUUUGACCACCCGUGAAGAAGUUUGGAAUACGCAAGGACACGAGAACAUCGUCAAGGGCCUCUGCUGGACCCAUGAGCGGAAGCUUCUGUCCUGUGCAAGCGACAAGACCAUCAAACUCUGGGAUCCUUACAACUCUACCCCCGAGGCACCUCCUCUGGCGAGUUACCUGGGUUCUAGUGCCUUCACCGGUCUAUCGCAGCACCGAAGUAUCCCCUCCUUUGCUGCUUCUUCAUCAGUCAUCUCUAUCUACGACCUUUCUCGGCCGUCGUCCACGCCAUCACAGACACUGCAUUGGCCGACCAGCGUUGACACCAUCACAUCAAUUGCGUUUAACCAGACCGAAACAUCAAUCCUCGCCUCAACCGCCAUUGACCGCUCGAUUAUCAUGUAUGACCUGCGCACCUCCUCGCCAGUUCAGAAGCUUGUUCUUAACCUGGCAUCAAAUGCUAUCGCCUGGAAUCCCAUGGAAGCUUUCAACUUCGCGGUGGCCAACGAAGACCACAAUGCUUAUAUUUUCGAUAUGAGGAAGAUGGACCGGGCCCUCAAUGUUCUCAAGGACCAUGUCGCUGCCGUCAUGGAUGUGGAGUUCAGCCCUACGGGCGAGGAUCUUGUGACAGCAUCCUACGAUCGCACUGUUCGCUUGUGGAAGAGGAAUCGCGGCCACUCGCGUGAUAUCUACCACACUAAGCGGAUGCAACGUGUCUUCUCUGCCAGGUUCACACCUGACAACAAGUACGUUCUAUCCGGAUCUGACGAUGGCAACGUUCGCUUGUGGCGUGCCAACGCCUCCGAUCGUAGUGGAAUUCAAAGCGCUCGUCAAAGAACGAAGUUGGAGUACGACCAAGCAUUGAUCAAGCGAUACGGACAUAUGCCCGAAAUUCGCCGCAUCAAACGCCAACGCCAUCUCCCCAAGCCUAUUAAGAAGGCUGGUGAGAUCAAGCGUGAGGAGCUUGGCGCUAUCAAGCGGCGCGAGGAAAACGUGCGGAAGCACACCGCUAAGGCAAACCUGAAGGGACGAAAGAGCGAACGUGAGAAGAUGAUCCUUGCCCGCGAGCAAUAA